UGAGGCACCUAGGCCGCGGGACCUGAGCGACAGGAAGCCACUCCGAGUCGGGCUACCGGGUAGGGGAAAGGCCCGUGCGGUCCUCAUUGGGCUCCGGAGCCGGAGUCGGCCCCGCAGCCCUGGGCCGUCGGCUUCCUACUUCCUCGACCUCGCCGGCCCCCGUGCCUGAGGAUUGGCGCCGCGUAGGGGAGGAGGGCGAACAGACUUGAGCGGCUGCUCGUUGUCUCGCAACCCCACUGCUGAGGAACUCUCGUUUCUUCCCUGGCUCCUUCACCCCUACCUCAUGUAGGAGGGUGCCGAGGAGUCGGGAGGGAGGAGGGGCCUGCGCCACGGUCCCUUCCCUCCCCACCCCCUACUAGGGGUGCUGUGGUAGGCGUGGGGUUGGGAUUGGGGGGAGGGUGGGGGUUACUUUUUGGAGUGCUGGGGAACUUUUCCCCCUGUUGAAGCCAGGGGAAAGGGGAUGCCCAAUCCAGAGAGACAUGGGGGCAAGAAGGACGGGAGCGGAGGAGCUUCUGGAACUUUGCAGCCGUCAUCGGGAGGUGGCAGCUCCAACAGCAGAGAGCGUCACCGCUUGGCGGCGAAGCACAAGCGGCACAAGUCCAAGCACUCCAAAGACAUGGGUUUGGUGACCCCCGAAGCAGCACCUUUAGGGACAGUUAUCAAACCUUUGGUGGAGUAUGAUGACAUCAGCUCUGAUUCAGAUACCUUCUCUGACGACAUGGCCUUCAAAUUAGAUAGGAGGGAGAAUGAUGAACGUCGUGGAACUGAUCGGAGUGACCGCUUGCACAGACAUCGUCACCACCAGCACAGACGUUCCCGGGACUUACUAAAAAGUAAACAGACAGAAAAAGAAAAAAAACAGGAAGUUUCCAGUAAGUCGGGAUCAAUGAAGGACCGGAUAUCAGGAAGUUCAAAGCGUUCAAAUGAGGAGAAUGAUGACUAUGGGAAGGCACAGAUCUCAAAAAGCAGCAGCAACAAGGAAUCCAGGUCAUCUAAACUCCACAAGGAGAAGACUCGGAAAGAACGUGAAUUGAAGUCUGGGCACAAAGACCGGAGUAAAAGUCAUCGGAAAAGGGAAACACCCAAAAGUUACAAGACAGUGGACAGCCCCAAACGGAGAUCCCGGAGUCCCCACAGGAAAUGGUCUGACAGCCCCAAGCAAGAUGAUAGCCCCUCAGGAGCUUCUUAUGGCCAAGAUUAUGACCUUAGUCCCCCAAGAUCUCACACCUCCAGCAAUUAUGACUCCUACAAGAAGAGUCCUGGAAGCACCUCAAGAAGGCAGUCUAUUAGUCCACCUUACAAGGAGCCUUCGGCCUACCAGUCCAGCACCCGGUCACCCAGUCCCUACAGUAGACGACAGAGAUCUGUGAGUCCCUAUAGCCGGAGACGUUCCUCAAGCUAUGAAAGGAGUGGCUCUUACAGUGGGAGAUCACCCAGUCCCUACGGUCGAAGGCGAUCCAGCAGCCCUUUCACCAGCAAACGGUCUCUGAGUCGGAGUCCGCUCCCCAGGAAGUCCAUGAAGUCUAGAAGUAGAAGUCCUGCAUAUUCAAGACAUUCAUCUUCUCAUAGUAAAAAGAAGAGAUCCGGGUCACGUAGUCGACAUUCCAGUAUCUCACCUGUCCGACUUCCAUUGAACUCCAGCUUGGGAGCUGAACUCAGUAGGAAAAAGAAGGAAAGAGCAGCUGCUGCAGCUGCAGCAAAAAUGGAUGGAAAGGAAUCCAAGGGUUCACCUGUUAUUUUGACUAGAAAAGAGAACAGUUCAGUAGAAGCUAAGGAUUCAGGUUUGGAGUCUAAAAAGUUACCCAGAGUUUUAAAAUUGGAAAAAUCUGCCCCAGAUACUGAACUAGUGAAUGUAACACAUCUAAACAUAGAAGCCAAAAAUUCUUUAGAUACAGGGAAAGUAAAGGUGGAUGAGAACUCUGAAAAGCAUCCUGUUCUUAAAGAUUUGAAAGUACAGGGAUCAAGAGACACUAAACCCAUGGCAUUGAAGGAGGAGAUUGUUACUCCAAAAGAUACAGAGACAACAGAAAAGGAGACCCUUCCACCUCUCCCCACAGUUAAUUCUCCUCCACCUCCUUUACCGACUACUACCCCUCCACCUCAAACCCCACCUUUGCCACCUUUGCCUCCACUACCAGCUAUUCCACAGCAACCACCUCUCCCUCCUCCCCAGCCAGCAUUUAGUCAGGUUCCUGCUUCUAGUCCUUCAACUUUGCCCCCUUCUACCCACUUAAGGACGUCUACUCUGUCCUCUCAGGCAAAUUCUCAGCCCUCUGUACAGGUUUCUAUGAAGACUCAAGUGUCUGUAACAGCUGCUAUUCCACACCUAAAAACGUCAACGUUGCCUCCUCUGCCCCUUCCACCCUUAUUACUUGGAGAAGAUGACAUGGAUAGUCCAAAAGAAACUCUGCCUUCAAAACCCGUAAAGAAAGAGAAGGAACAAAGGCCACGUCACUUACUCACGGACCUCCCUCUCCCUCCAGAACUCCCUGGUGGGGAUCCAUCUCCACCUGACUCUCCAGAACCAAAGGCAAUCACACCACCUCAGCAACCAUAUAAAAAGAGACCAAAAAUCUGUUGUCCUCGUUAUGGAGAACGAAGACAGACAGAAAGUGAUUGGGGGAAACGCUGUGUGGACAAGUUUGACAUUAUUGGGAUUAUUGGAGAGGGAACCUAUGGCCAAGUAUAUAAAGCCAAGGACAAAGACACAGGAGAGCUAGUGGCCCUGAAGAAGGUGAGACUAGACAAUGAGAAAGAAGGCUUCCCAAUCACAGCCAUUCGUGAGAUCAAAAUCCUUCGGCAGCUAAUCCACCGAAGUGUUGUUAACAUGAAGGAAAUUGUCACAGAUAAACAAGAUGCACUGGAUUUCAAGAAGGACAAAGGUGCCUUUUAUCUUGUAUUUGAGUAUAUGGACCAUGACUUAAUGGGACUGCUAGAAUCUGGUUUGGUGCACUUUUCUGAGGAUCAUAUCAAGUCAUUCAUGAAACAACUAAUGGAAGGAUUGGAUUACUGUCACAAAAAGAAUUUCCUGCAUCGGGAUAUUAAAUGUUCUAACAUUUUGCUGAACAACAGUGGGCAAAUCAAGCUAGCAGAUUUUGGACUUGCUCGGCUCUAUAACUCUGAAGAGAGUCGCCCUUAUACAAACAAAGUCAUUACUCUGUGGUACCGACCUCCAGAACUUCUGCUGGGAGAGGAGCGUUACACACCAGCCAUAGAUGUUUGGAGCUGUGGAUGCAUCCUUGGGGAACUGUUCACAAAGAAGCCUAUUUUUCAAGCUAAUCUGGAGCUGGCGCAGCUAGAACUGAUCAGUCGACUCUGUGGUAGCCCUUGUCCAGCUGUGUGGCCUGAUGUUAUCAAGCUGCCUUACUUCAAUACCAUGAAACCGAAGAAGCAAUAUAGAAGGCGUCUACGAGAAGAAUUCUCUUUCAUUCCUUCAGCAGCACUUGAUUUACUGGACCACAUGCUGACACUAGAUCCUAGCAAACGUUGCACAGCUGAGCAGACCCUACAGAGUGACUUCCUUAAAGAUGUCGACCCCAGCAAAAUGGAUCCUCCAGACCUCCCCCACUGGCAGGAUUGUCAUGAAUUAUGGAGUAAGAAACGGCGACGGCAGCGACAAAGUGGUGUUGUGGUAGAAGAGCCACCUCCAUCCAAAGCCUCUCGAAAAGAAACUACCUCAGGGACAGGUGCUGAGCCUGUGAAGAACAACAGCCCAGCACCACCACAGCCUGCUCCUGUCAAGGUGGAGCCUGUGGCUGGGGAUACAAUAGGCCUUGGUGACAUCACACAACAAUUGAAUCAAAGUGAAUUGGCAGUAUUAUUAAAUCUGCUGCAGAGCCAAACUGACCUGAGCAUCCCUCAAAUGGUACAGCUGCUUAACAUCCACUCCAACCCUGAGAUACAGCAGCAGCUGGAGGCCCUGAACCAAUCUAUCAGUGCCCUAACAGAAGCCACUUCCCAGCAGCAGGACUCAGAGCCCAUGGCCCCAGAGGAAUCUGUGAAGGAGGCACCCCCAGCUUCAGUGGUCCAGCCUUCAGCAGAACAGAAGACCCCUGAAGCUUCAAGCACACCAGCUGACAUGCAGAAUAUGUUGGCAGUUAUCUUGAGUCAGCUGAUGAAAACCCAGGAGCCAGCAGGCAACCUGGAGGAAAACAACAGUGACAAGAACAGUGGGCUACAGGGGCCCCGAAGAACUCCCACAAUGCCACAGGAGGAGGCAGCAGCAUGUCCUCCUCACAUUCUUCCACCAGAGAAGAGGCCCCCUGAGCCCCCCGGACCUCCACCGCCGCCACCUCCACCCCCUCUGGUUGAAGGCGAUCUUUCCAGCGUCCCCCAGGAGUUGAACCCAGCCGUGACAGCCGCCUUGCUGCAACUUUUAUCCCAGCCUGAAGCAGAGCCUCCUGGCCACCUGCCACAUGAGCACCAGGCCUUGAGACCAAUGGAAUACUCUACCCGACCCCAUCCCAACAGGACUUACGGAAACACUGAUGGGCCUGAAACAGGGUUCAGUGCCACUGACACUGAUGAACGCAACUCUGGUCCAGCCUUGACAGAAUCCUUGGCCCAGACCCUGGUGAAGAACAGGACCUUCUCAGGCUCUGUGAGCCACCUUGGGGAGUCCAGCAGUUACCAGGGUACAGGGUCAGUGCAGUUUCCAGGGGACCAGGACCUCCGUUUUGCCAGGGUCCCCUUAGCAUUACACUCAGUGGUCGGGCAACCAUUCCUGAAGGCCGAGGGAAGCAGCAACUCUGUGGCACAUGCAGAGACCAAAUUGCAAAACUUUGGGGAGCUGGGGCCAGGAACCAGUGGAGCCAGCAGCUCAGGAGCAGGCCUUAACUGGGGGGGCCCAGCUCAGUCUUCUGCUUAUGGAAAACUCUAUCGGGGGCCUACAAGAGUCCCGCCAAGAGGGGGAAGAGGGAGAGGAGUUCCUUACUAACCCAGAGACUUGAGUGUCCGAAAGAGUCCUUCCCUGUCCAUCCUCCAUCCAGUCCUCUGAACCUUUAAUGAAAUCAUUUGCCAGAGCGAGGUAAUCUUCUGCAUUUGGCUAUUUCAAAGCUAAUUCAUUGUAUUCCUUGCUCACUUGCUACUAAGCACGAGACAUAAAAUAAUGAUGUUGGCAGCAUUUCCCCCUGGAUGGGUUGGUUAUAGUCAGAACAUUUACUUCAGCUCUACCUAGUAAAUGUAAGUAGAGAAUUUGGAGAGGGUCAUUAAAUGGAAAAGUAAAUGCUUUAUUAGUUCAUUGCCCGCACAUCUUGAGCAGAAGAAAAAGAGAACAGUUUCAGUUUUUGAAAUGGCCCAGGAAGAGGCUCUUUAGGUUUUUAAAGUUUGAGGAUUAUUUUUUUAUGUUUUGUUCUUUUGAAUUUAGUUUUUUGGAUUUUUUGUUUUGUUUUGUUUUUUAAAGAAAGAAUAGUGUUCACAAAAUUUGAGCUGCUCUUAGGCUUUUGCUGUUCGGGGCAAAGAGUGACUGACUGAUUUAAAUAAAUGUUUCCUUCCUCUCCACCACCUCACAUUUUGCUUUCAAGUAAACUCUUCUUUUUCCCCCAUUGAGCAUCUUUAACAUUCCUUUUUUCCAAAUAAAUUACUCAUCCUUAAGGUUUGCUCUGUUUUGGCAAAAGACAUGACCCCUCUUCCUGUAUAAGAAGCAGGUUGUAGAAAGUGGCAUUCUUGGGCAAGUAGGUAGACUUUAUCCCAUCUUUUUCCUUUUUUACCCCAUCUUCAUAGAGGUUUUCUUUGUCUCUUUUUGAGGCAUUUGUUUGGAAAAAAAUUAAUCGUUGAGAUGCCCAAGAACCUGGGAUAAUUCUUUACCUUUUUUGAAAUAAAGGAAAGGAAAUUCAAACUC